GGACAGGAGAGAGCGGCAAGAGUACCUUCAUCAAGCAGAUGAGGAUCAUCCAUGGGUCCGGAUACUCUGAUGAAGACAAGAGGGGCUUCACCAAACUGGUGUAUCAGAAUAUCUUCACAGCCAUGCAGGCCAUGAUCAGAGCUAUGGACACUCUCAAGAUCCCGUACAAGUAUGAACACAAUAAGGCUCACGCACAAUUAGUCCGAGAAGUUGAUGUGGAGAAGGUGUCUGCCUUUGAGAAUCCAUAUGUAGAUGCAAUAAAGAGCUUGUGGAAUGAUCCUGGAAUCCAGGAGUGCUAUGAUAGACGACGAGAGUAUCAGUUAUCUGACUCCACCAAAUACUAUCUGAAUGACUUGGAUCGUGUAGCCGACCCUUCUUAUCUGCCUACACAACAAGAUGUGCUUAGAGUUCGAGUCCCCACAACAGGGAUCAUCGAAUACCCCUUUGACUUACAAAGUGUCAUUUUCAGAAUGGUCGAUGUAGGGGGCCAAAGGUCAGAGAGAAGAAAAUGGAUACACUGCUUUGAAAACGUCACCUCGAUCAUGUUUCUAGUAGCACUUAGUGAAUACGAUCAAGUUCUUGUGGAGUCAGACAAUGAGAACCGAAUGGAAGAGAGCAAAGCACUCUUUAGAACAAUUAUCACAUAUCCCUGGUUCCAGAACUCCUCUGUUAUUCUGUUCUUAAACAAGAAAGAUCUUCUAGAGGAGAAAAUUAUGUAUUCCCACCUAGUCGACUACUUCCCAGAAUAUGAUGGACCCCAGAGAGAUGCCCAGGCAGCUCGAGAAUUCAUCCUGAAGAUGUUCGUGGACCUGAACCCUGACAGUGACAAAAUUAUCUACUCCCACUUCACAUGCGCCACAGACACCGAGAACAUCCGCUUUGUCUUUGCUGCUGUCAAGGACACCAUCCUGCAGCUGAACCUGAAGGAGUACAAUCUGGUCUAACUGUGCCUCCCAGAAACCGCUCUUCCCUUCCCUGUGGGCCGUUGAAGAUAACCAAGAAGGACUGUAUUUCUGUGGAAAACAAUUUGCAUAAUACUAAUUUAUUGCCGUCCUGGACUCCGUGAGCUUGUCCACAGAGCUGUAGUAAAUAUUAUGAUUUUAUUUAAACUAUUCAGAGGAAACAGAAUGCUGAAGUACAGUCCCAGCACAUUUCCUCUCUCUUGUUUUUUAGGCAAACCUUGCAACUCAGUGUAUUUUAAAUUUUCAGUCAUCCACUCACAAUAUAAAAACACUCACAUCGUUUAUGUUCUCUCUCUCUCUCUCUCUCUUCCUCUCUCCCUCUUUCUCUCUUUCUCUCUUUCUCGCCAUCCCCCUCAUUCCUUUCCUUCUCCCCCAUCCCCUUUACUAUUGACCAAAAUACAGCUGGUUUUUCUUCUUCCUGCUCCAUACCUCCCUGCUGAUUUUGUUUUCUCCCAUAUUACAAUAGCCUUUACCCUGGUUCCGUUCUUGGUCAAGUUUCUUUCUCGAGUGAUGCAGUCAGGAUAGUGUCAUUCGAUUGAAGUCGUCUUAUAUCAGCUUCAUUUAACAGUGGUUCUGCUGAAGGCGUGUAUGUAUUACUACUAUGGUUUUAAAUGUAUCUCUGGAUGCACAUCACAUCUAGUAUUUCUUCCUCAAUAUAUAUUGUCUCACUUGGACUAGGACAGUGGGUACCCAUUAAUGAAUAAGAGUCAUAUAUUUUGGGUGCAGACCUUUAGCCAUAGCUGUAUUGUUCAGAGAAUGUCUGGAAGUCAGAGUGCAUGGGUACAGGCUGUAAAGGAGUCCUUGCUUCUACAGUCCGUGUGCCAUGUCCUUCCUCUCUUCCUUGCUCCCUUUCCUUUCUCUUUAGGUUCUUUGCCCUCUCUGUAAACCACGGAUGCCAAAUGAUAUGCCAACAGACACUACAUUCCCCAGCAGCUGCUGCCAGAGCCCUGUUGUAGCUUCUUCAUUUUCUGUUUGUUUCCAGCUUCCCUUCCCUCCUUCCCCUGUUUGUGUUUGGGCCAUAAUUUUAAAAUAAUUUUUGCUAUGGGUAUGUGUUGCCAAAGCCGGAUUUUUAUAAGAUAAAAUAAAUUAAUUUAAACAGUAAAA